UUUCCUUCGACUCGGCAUUUAAAUGGAGCUGCAGUGCAUCAGCUGCUCGUACAUUCACCGCUACGCUGUGGCAGACAUUAACUCGUAACGCAUUUCAAAACAGGUUUCUCUUCAUUUUAACAGCGGCAGGUAUAUAAGAGUUGGACCUUGAGUUGUGUUUUGUUGGCAGAAGAGCGGGAGCAGCUGAACAAUAAGGGCGGCUGUGCUCUGACAGCAGCUCGGUGCAUCAUUUUUGGGAUUCCUCCGCUUGCUCUUGGACGAAAUUGAAUAGCGGUAACGUGAUGCUGUGCAUGAACAGAAUGAUUUAGGUGUUUUAUUUUUUUUCUGCGCUGUUUGUUUAUUUAAAGAUUGUUGGGAAACAUAUCCAAACUCAGUGAGUGCAGUGUUGUUUCGGCCCAGGAGAACAAGUGGCCUGGACAUGAAAGGGCUGAUGAUCAGAUUUAAAUUGAGAGUCUAGCAGAGAUAAAAAUAUUACAAAAUCAUAACUGGACUGAAUAUAAUUUAAAGGACUAACAUUUGUAUUAUAACCAACAACCAGUUGGCCAAUCGGUGUUAGUUACAAUAACAUUUCUCCCUCUGCUACUAUUCUAUUUAUUUUUUAUGACUAAAAAAGCCUUUUAAAAGAUAUUUUUUUGUCUUUUUCGUGGGCAAAUAUCCAAUACAUCAAAGACAUUUCACAUUUAUUAACUACAACGACACAUUCAUAACAACAAACAGCAUUCUUGACCAUAUUGGAGGUUUUACUACUCCAACAAUAAGCAAACAUGUUCAGUUGGCUUGGAACCGAUGACAGAAGGAAGAAGGAGCCAGAAGUGUUUCAGACUGUCAGCGAUGGAUUGAAGAAGCUCUACAAAACCAAAUUGCUGCCUCUGGAGGAAAGCUACAAGUUUCACGAGUUCCACUCCCCGGCUCUGGAGGAUGCUGACUUUGAAAACAAGCCCAUGGUCUUACUGGUGGGACAGUACUCCACUGGAAAGACAAGCUUCAUACGAUACCUGUUGGAGCAGGACUUUCCUGGGAUGCGGAUCGGCCCUGAACCCACCACGGAUUCCUUCAUCGCCGUGAUGCACGGCGACACUGAGGGAGUCAUUCCCGGGAACGCUUUGGUGGUUGACCCAAAGAAGCCCUUCAGAAAGCUGAACGCAUUUGGAAACGCAUUCCUUAACAGGUUUGUGUGUGCUCAGCUGCCGAACCCAGUGCUGGAAAGCAUCAGUGUGAUCGACACACCGGGGAUUCUGUCUGGAGAGAAACAGAGAAUCAGUCGAGGUUAUGACUUUGCAGCGGUCCUGGAGUGGUUUGCGGAGCGAGUGGACCGGAUCAUAUUACUCUUUGACGCCCACAAACUGGACAUCUCUGAUGAGUUCUCAGAGGUGAUAAAGGCCCUGAAGAACCAUGAAGACAAGAUCAGGGUUGUGCUGAACAAAGCGGACCAGAUAGAGACUCAGCAGCUGAUGAGAGUCUACGGAGCGCUGAUGUGGUCACUAGGGAAGAUAGUCAACACGCCGGAGGUGAUCCGUGUCUACAUCGGUUCAUUUUGGUCCCACCCGCUGUUAAUCCCUGACAGCAGGAAGCUGUUUGAAGCAGAGGAGCAGGACCUUUUCAAGGACAUUCAGUCUUUACCGAGAAACGCGGCGCUCAGAAAACUCAACGAUCUGAUCAAGAGGGCGAGACUAGCCAAGGUUCACGCUUACAUCAUCAGCUCACUGAAGAAAGAGAUGCCCUCUGUGUUUGGUAAAGAGAACAAGAAGAAGGAGCUGAUCAACAGUCUGGGAGAUAUCUAUAAGCGCAUCGAACGAGAGCAUCAAAUAUCACCUGGAGAUUUCCCGAAUUUGAAGAAGAUGCAGGACCAACUCCAGGCUCAAGAUCUAAACAAAUUCCAGCCUUUGAAACCCAAACUCCUGGAGGCAGUUGAUGACAUGUUAGCCCACGACAUUGCUGGCUUAAUGGUCUUGGUCCGUCAAGAAGAAACCCAGCGUCCUAAUCCAGUUGUGAAAGGGGGUGCGUUCGAUGGCACUUUGAACGGCCCGUUUGGCCACGGAUACGGCGAAGGAGCCGGCGAGGGGAUCGAUGAAGCCGAGUGGGUUGUCGCUCGCGACAAACCGGCCUACGAUGAGAUCUUCUACACGCUAUCGCCCGUCAACGGAAAAGUGACGGGAGCCAACGCCAAGAGGGAGAUGGUGAAGUCGAAACUGCCCAACACGGUGCUGGGAAAGGUCUGGAAGCUGGCAGAUAUCGAUAAGGACGGGAUGCUGGAUGAUGAGGAGUUUGCGCUGGCCAAUCAUCUGAUAAAAGUCAAACUGGAAGGACAUGAACUGCCAUCAGAGCUGCCUGCACACCUGGUUCCUCCGUCUAAGAGGAAAUUACCUGAAUAAAUGUAAAAUCAACUCCCUGCUCCAAAACCUGUAAGUAGAGCCCUAACCCCCAUCUCGAGAGAAAAUGAUUCCCAAUAUAACAGGAAGAGGAAGCUUAUACUUAUAACUCGACUUCAUUUUCCAACCGCCAACCUGCCCUGUUCACACCUGCAGCCUUUCCUUACCUUCAACAGACAGAUGAGUUAGUUCAAUUCAGAUCCUAAUGAAAUGUGAGCAAAUUAGCUGCAAACCUUUGUAGGAUUUCAUGUUUAACAAAACUCCAUUUGAGUCAUUGUCAUAUCUUGUAAUAACAUUUUAAUUUUUGUUUGAAUCCAGGUAGAAAAACUGGAUCUGGAUCAGUUUUAAAAGCAGAGUCCCCCUCAUUUAGUAAAAGGUGAGAUACAGGAGUUGUUAGGUCGCCCAGGAGAUUAAAGAUGUUGGCACAGUUGAUACAGUGAGUACUAAAGGAAAGACUAAACCAAGAAACACUGGAAGAGCAAAAAAUAUAUAUAAUUUGGUCUUAACUACUGGAAGAAAAAGGGGGGAGAUGCAACAAUGUAAAGACAAAAAAGGAGGAUAGAAAGUUUGGAGGGAAGUCUUAUUUUGAGAUAAUUUAACAUGCAAAUAUUCAGUCUAUAGAAGACAUUACAGCAUUAUUACCUGUGAUCGUCUCAUUGAGCUGAGCCAUUUUUAUUUCAAGGUCAUGCAUUAUUUUUGGUCUCCCAGCACAGCAAAGGAGUCUGGCUUUUGUUUCAUACAGACAAAGAUUUCCUGUCAAACUGCAUGAGAGUAGACACACAAACACACACACACACACAAACACACACAAACACACACAAACACACAGUAAAUGAACCAAGUCAGACUUAGCAUUUUGACAUUGACAGAGUGCAGCCCUGUUGUGUUAACAACAAAUAAAAUGGCCUGGAAUCAACAACUCACUACUUCUAAUACGUCGAUGUGAGUGUCUGUGUGGGGGGGGGGGCGGAGCUUAUGACUUAAGACUUUAAGACAGACUUUCACGAUGGAGGCGGAUAUGUGUUUCUCUCAAGGGAAAUGAGAGGAGACAAGAGGGUUUUUUUAAAUUGUUGUGAAUCUCAUUAACAUGUCUGAUGAUACUGUGACUGUAAUAUGGAACCAUUGUGUGCGUGAUUGUUUGGACACGUCUGUGCGCCCACAUUCCCAGGAUAAAUGUAUACAUGUAAGGACGUUGAAUGUUCAUGGUUCCUCGUGGGCACAUCCGGACUUUUCUCUGUCAGUGUUAUCAUUUGUAAUGUAUGUGUAUUCAGUCUUAAUCAUCACACAGGCUACUGAGUUGGGAUUAUUCCAGUGGGUUAUUCAUUGAUUAUUAACUAUAGCUCACUAACCUGACACCAAAUUUUACAAUUUUAAAAGUGUUUUCUUGUUGUUAUUGUUGUUGUUGGAGAAGAGGAAACAAAUUGGCUUUUAAUUCCAUGUAAUUAAAUUGUACACAUGUAGUACAUGCAGUUUUACCAUGUGUGAGCUGUGUUACUGUGGUGUUAUGCCAGUAUAUGCAUACAUUAUAUUUGUAUAUUUCACAUUAGGAACAUAGAUUUAAUUAAAAAUUGAUACCCAUGUGGUAAGAAAUAUUCACAGAUGAGAAAAAUACUGUCAUUUCUUCCCCUCACUGUACGACUCCGUGCUCUUACUGUGAACCUGCUUGCAUUCCAUGGAGACAGGCUGCAAAAUCACUCACUUCUUAUCAUGUGCUUCAUGCGUCUCUAGCUCAUAUUUCAGAUAUGGAGUGAAGAAUGUGUGAAAACUAACCUCUUGAACGUAACACGUUGGUUUCUUGUCCUGAUGGACUGCGACAUGAAAUUCUGUCUAUGUCUAUGUCUAUGUAUUCUGUAUAAUGUACAAUAGUUUGUGGAAACACUGGUGUUCUGGUAUCUUUUUUUGUUGUUGUUGCAUUGCUUCAUCUGUAUUUCGCUGCUUUCCUGUCGUCAUAAACUGCAUAAUAAAAGUCAUUUAAUCAGC